AUGGCUUCCCAGACCUCAUCCAUGAACGUUGAACAUGGCAGCGUACACGAGGGCAACGCGCCUGCUCAGGGUACGGAUCAAUCGGCUUCACGACAGCUCCGCUUCGACAUGUUCAUAAACAACACCGGCGAUAACCUCAACGACCGCAUCUCCUCCCGCGAGACUCCAUCUGAGCAAGACAACAACCAACAAGACACCGCCAACCCUCCCCGCACCCAAUAG